GGCAUCUGAUGGGAGGGCCUUGCACAGGGCUGGUCCCACUGCUGAGAAGGUCCAUGCGGAUGGGGCAGGGCUUACAUUUCCCAUUUCAGAUUAAAGUUCACAGGGAUCCUAACUGCUCCAUCUCUCUUCCAGGUGGGGCUGCUUCUGGAGAAGGAGAGUGGUCCCUCACAACAGGAGUGGAGCCAUGGCUGAGGAGAGGUACAGGAAGAGGAUCCGGAGUGAAGUCACCUGCUCCAUCUGCCUCAGUUACUUUACUCGUCCAGUGGAACUGGGCUGCAGGCACAACUUCUGCGAAACCUGCAUCUUGAGGUGCUGGGAGGAGUCUGGUAAGAAAACCAGGUGCCCCGAGUGCAGAAAGGCUGUCAAAGCAGACUACAUGCGAAACAGGCUUCUCACAAAUAUGGUCGGAAUCAUCAGUGAGUGGGAUCAUUCUGAGGAGAGAGAGGCUCAAAGGAGGCGCUCAGAAUGUCAGAGGCACCAGAAGACCCUGGACCUCUUUUGCCGGGACGACGAAGCCCCCUUCUGUGGGGAGUGUGACACAUCCCAAGGGCACAGCGGCCACAGGGUGGUUCCUGUGGAAGAAGCCGUCCAAGGCUACAAGGACCCAAAUGGGAACUUUGGUUUUUCUUUUCAGGAUCAGUUCUGCGGGUUCCUGAAGACUCUGAAGGAGGAGGAGGAACAAAUUCAGGCAAAAAAAACAUCGACAGGAAAGCAAAGUUCAUUCUUGGUUAAAAAAAUAAUAUCAGGUAGGCAGAAGAUGAAGGGUGAGUUUAAGCAACUACAUUCAUUUCUGGAAGAAUGGGAAAACCAGCUGCUGAAGGAGAUGGAAGAGGUGGAGGAUGAGAUUGCGAGGAAAUCGAAUGAGCAGUUGGGCUGGCUCUCCAGAGAACUUGACUCUCUUCAAAAUAUCAUCCAGGAGCUGGAGGAGAAGCUUCAGCAGCCCCCCAGUGAAUUCCUGCAGGAUAUUAGAAGCACUUUGCAGAGGCAUGAGGGGAGACAGGCAUUUGAGGCUCCCAAGAUUUUUCCUCUUGAAUUGGUGUGGAAAGUUUGGGACUUCCAUGAUAUAAAUCCAUUUCUGGAAGCUGUCGUAAAGCAGUUCAAAGGCACUCUAACAUCCGGACUCUCUCUGAAGAAAGCAAGUGUAACUCUGGACCCAGACACCGCUCAUCCCAACCUGAUCCUGUCCGAGGAUCGCCGAAGUGCGAGGUGGGGAGAGGCACAUCAAGAGCUGCCGGACAAUCCUGAGAGAUUCAGCGGACGUCCCUUCGUGCUGGGGUGUGAGGAGUUUACAGCAGGGAGGCACUGCUGGGAGGUCACCAUAGGAACUGACGACAUCUGGGCUGUGGGGGUCGCCCGGAAGUCUGUGAGGAGAAAGGGCUUGGACAGCUUUUACCCUGGUGUAGGCAUCUGGGGACUGGGGCAGAUAUAUGGCAAGGGCAGGUCUGCCCGCCGCUCUCUGCCGCCUCCUGCGCCAAAGCUGAGGAGGUUCCGGGCAACUGUUAACUAUGCAGGGCGCCAAAUUCUCUUUUUUGAUGCUGAUACAGGAGAAUUACUCAAGACCUUUGCAAACGCUGAAUUCUCUGGGGAGUCCCUUCUGCCCAUCUUUUGCAUGGGGCCAGAAACUUGCUUUGAACUGCCUCCGGUGACACACUAGUCUGGCCACUCCUCCAGAAAAGGAAGAUAAAUGUGUGGAAAAGUAACUCGCAGAUCGUUUCUUGAUUUUUUAAAAAAAUCAAAGGAUUGUGUGCGCUUCUGUGUGUAGCUGGCAUUAAAGAGAUGACAAGUGCUA